CUACUGGAAGUUUCUUGACAGCGUUUCCGCAAAGUUCACAUCUCAGUUCUGUCACUGUUUGUGCUCGUUAACAGUGUAGACUUCUGUCUUAAAAACACAGGUUUUAUUAAAGUAAAAAAAUGAGUGACAUUAAGCCAAUGGAAUCAAAUUCGGUCGGUGAAGACAGCGAGGAGGAGAAAGACUGGGCUGCGGCCAAAGCGUUUUUUGACAACCUGAAAACAAGCAAACCCAGACCGCCCAAAUCUCGCUUUGCGGUGACCAUCGCAGUCUCCUCCCGCACCCUCUUCAACAUGGUGGAAGAGAGGAAGAUCUACGAGGAGGACGGGGUAGAAACGUACGUGAAGCAUCAGGUGGAGCACGAGAGCGAGCCCCUGAAACCCGGUGCUGCAUUUCCCUUCGUGAAGGCUCUGAUGAACGUCAACUCUCGUCUCAGGGAGCUGUACCCGGACAGUGAAGAGCUGUUUGACAUCGUCUUAAUGACGAACAACCACGCUGAAGUGGGAGUGCGCCUCAUCAACAGCAUUAAUCACUAUGACCUGACCAUCGAGAGGUUCUGCAUGACAGGAGGAAAGAGUCCAGUAGAUUAUCUGAAGGCCUACAUGACCAACCUUUACCUGUCUAAGGACGCAGAGAAGGUCACAGAGGCCAUAGAGCAAGGAAUUGCUGCUGCCACCAUGUUCAUGCCGGACACUCAGACCGUUCUCAGCGACACCCAGCUGAGGGUGGCGUUUGACGGUGACGCCGUCCUCUUCUCAGAUGAGUCUGAGAUCAUUGUGAAGCAACACGGCCUCGACACUUUCUUUGAGCAUGAGAAAGAAUUUGAGAACAAACCUCUGGCUCAGGGUCCUCUGAAGUGUUUCUUGGAGGCUUUGGGAAAACUCCAGAAGAAGUUCUACGCCAAGAACGAGCGUUUGAACUGUCCCAUCCGGACCUACCUGGUCACGGCCCGCAGCGCUGCCAGCUCUGGGGCUCGGGUCCUGAAGACCCUGCGUUCCUGGGGCCUGGUGAUCGACGAGGCUCUCUUCCUGGCGGGGGCUCCUAAGGGCCCGCUGCUGCAGAAAAUCCAUCCACACAUCUACUUCGACGACCAGAUGUUCCACAUCGAGGGAGCCAAGGAGCUGGGAACCAUUUCUGCGCACGUGCCGUAUGGAAUCGGACAGAAGUAUCACAGAGGGAAGCUCAUCGAGAAGCCAGAAACAAAGGAAUAAGAGAUGAGGUGAUGAAAUGUCCCGGGGUUUAAGGUGAGCGAGAGGAAGUGCCUCACGCUUUGUUUAGGAAAAUGUUCUGUCUUCAGGAAAACCUAACCUUUAAGAGGGCGUAAACAGGUGAUCUGUUCUUGUAUUCUUGGGUGUUUACUGCGUUUUAUUAUAGCUACGAUUACACUAAGGUGCUUUACACUACUUCAUUAAAUGCUGUUUGGAAAAGCAAAUAGUCAGUAUGUAGUACCUGAUGGUGCCUUAUCACAGUCAAUUUUACUUGUUGAGGUGUUCUCUUGUAAAAAUUAUUUUGACAAUGUUUCUUUUGAUUCAGAAUUAGAAUCAACUUCAUUGGUCAAAUACAUUUACACUGAAUUAGGAAACAUAUUCAUUUGUCAUGGAUAAAUGAAUGAGAUCUGCUGUAGUUCAUAUUUCCACCAUAUUUGCUGUUUAUCUUUAUUUUGCACAUUUAUG